GCGGCCCUCGCUGCUCACAGGCUCAUGCCUCCCCUCCCCAGGCCACAGCCCAGCUGACCCCCGGGGCUCCCCUGGCAGCGGACAGGGAAGGGUUAAAGGCCCCCAGCUCCCUGCCCCCUGCCCUGGGGAAUCCCUGGCCCUGUGGGGACAUGAACUGUGUUUGCCGCCUGGUCCUGGUCGUGCUGAGCCUGUGGCCAAAUAGAGCUGUUGCCCCUGGCCCACCUCCUGGCCUCCCUCGAGCUUCGCCAGACCCUCGGGCUGAGCUGGACAGUGCUGUCCUCCUGACCCGCUCCCUCCUGGCGGACACUCGGCAGCUGGCCGCACAGCUGAGAGACAAAUUCCCAGCUGACGGGGACCACAAUCUGGAUUCCCUACCCACCUUGGCCAUGAGUGCAGGGGCACUGGGAGCCCUACAGCUUCCGGGUGUGCUGACCAGGCUGCGAGCUGACUUGCUGUCCUACCUGCGGCACGUGCAGUGGCUGCGCCGGGCAGGCGGCCCCUCCUUGAAGACCCUGGAGCCAGAGCUGGGUGCCCUGCAGGCCCGGUUGGACCGGCUACUGCGCCGGCUGCAGCUCCUGAUGUCCCGCUUGGCCCUGCCCCAGGUGUCCCCAGAUCCGCCAGCACCACCCCUGGCUCCCCCUGCCUCAGCCUGGGGAGGCAUCAGGGCGGCCCAUGCCAUCCUAGGGGGGCUGCACCUGACACUUGACUGGGCUGUGCGGGGGUUGCUGCUGCUGAAGACUCGGCUGUGACCCAGGACCCAAAGUCACCAUCGUCCUUCAAAGCCAGAUCUUAUUUAUUUAUUUAUUUUAGUACUGGGGGCAUGACAGCCAGGGGAUAUCCCCCCAUUAUCCCCCCCAGUUAGAUACAGUCCUUCCAGGAGACCUAGGCCAGGUUGAAGGGGGGAUCUGUGCCUUAUUUAUACUUAUUUAUUUAAGGAGUGGGGGGUGAGAGGCAGGUGGACUUAUGGGUCCCUGAGGAGGAGAAAACUGGGAUCCCAUAUUCUUGGAUCUCCAAGAAAUCUGUUCACAGUUGUCUUCCUGGCUCCCACCCCUCUGGGCCUGGGCAGGAGCAUAUAUUAUUUAUUAAACCAUUACUUUCUGAAUUGGGGUGGGAGGGAGGGAAAAGAGAGGCUUGGGAUUUUUGUAUAAAAAUGUGAGAAACCUUUAUGAGACAGAGAGAAGGAAUUAAAUUUGUCAUACAUAUCCA